AUGCCAUCUGAACAGCUUGAGGUUUUCAUCAAGGCACUUUCUCGCCUUCUAGGAUGGAUAUAUAUGGUCUGCUGGUCAGCCUCGUUCUAUCCUCAACCGAUCUAUAAUGUGCGGCGCGGGUCGACAGCGGGUCUCUCCAUCGACUUCCCGACCAUCAACCUACUGGGGUUCGCCUGCUACACGAUCUAUACUUCAUCGUUCCUCUACUCCCCCCUCAUUCGCCAGCAGUAUGCGUCCCGACAUCCGGCGGCCAGCGAGCCGACCGUCCGCUUCAACGACUUGGCAUUUGCGGUGCACGCAGUCAUCAUGAGCAUGAUCGUCUACUCGCAGUUCUGGCCGUUCAUCUGGGGUUUGAAUGUGUCUCGAUUCCAACGGAUCAGCAAGCCCAUGGCGGGUCUGUUCUGGGGUUGUGUGUGGGCGCCCGUCGUGAUGAUUUGGGUUGUAAUGUCGCGGAGCCCGGACGAAGGCCACAACCCAGCAUCCUGGGCGUGGAUCGACGUGGUCUAUACAUUUUCGUAUAUGAAGCUCAUUAUCACCGUGGUCAAGUAUGUGCCGCAGGCAUGGUUGAAUUACAAGCGGAAGUCGACUGUCGGAUGGAGUAUUGUGCCCAUGUUGUUGGAUCUGGCUGGCGGCGUAUUGUCGCUGGUGCAGCUUGUCCUGGACUCGAGCCUCCAGAGUGACUGGAGUGGCAUCACGGGCAACCCGGUCAAGCUCCUGCUGGGGAAUGUCACGAUCUUUUUCGAUCUCGUCUUCGUGGUGCAGCACUACGUACUGUACCGCGACUCCAGCACGAAAUCAGACCAGACUCCCCUUCUGGCCGACCACUGGAGGGCCCGACAGGCAUGA